UGUUAAUGUUGAUCAGUGCAGGGUUGUAGAGCAGGAGUGCUCUACUAAUAAACUACAGCUUUUUCUCGAAUCUCUAUGUGUGUGUGUGUGUGUGUUAUUAGUGUUAUUAUCAGCUCCAGUGAUUCACUGCAUGACCUCUCUCUGAUUCCGGCUGACACACACUCUUGAGUCCCGCCCAAUCCACGCACAGGCUUCGCACAAGCCCCGCCCCUUCACACUGGCAUCCACGCCGUGUCCCGCACAGGCCCCGCCCAUUGGCGCUGGUAUCCAAUAGCGUGGCGGCAGGGCUGGGUUCUGACCCCCGCGUGCUGUAGGAGCGCGUUCACCUGGAGCUCUCGUGGUUGAGCUGCUACUUGUUGUCUGGUGCAGGGCUCAGUCUGAGCUGUGGAGAUGGAUAUGUGGAGGAUGUUCUGAGGAGCUGCAGGGUUAGUGUACAGCAGCACAGCGCGGGUUACGAGGAGCAGCAUGUCUCGGAGAAAACAGGCGAACCCUCAGUGCGUCCACCUGGACCCACAUCUCACUUCUUCUGAAACAUUGGACUACCACGUAAAAUACAUCAGCUCUCCACCAGCUGAUGUCCAUGUGUGUGAAAGUUGCUGCGCCGAGUUCUUUACCCUCCCAGAUCUCCAAGAGCAUCGUAUGGGUUGCUGUAAGAAUCCAUUAGUUCUAAUCAUGAGUGAAAACGGAAGUCCAGCCUCUCCCUCCACAUCUUUCACAUUUAGCUCACCUUCUCACAAUGUAGAGGAGCAGAUGAAUGAAAGAAUCAGUAAAGAAGAUACCAAAGGAUUUCAAGAGUUUUCAGAAGAGAAUAUACUGGAACAGGACACAGAACCAGCACUCAUGUCUGAGGGCAGCAGUUUUGACAUUGGAAGUCACUCCCAACCAGAAAAUGAAAAUGGCACAGGAGAUGGAAACACGAGCAAUGCAAGCAUCACUUCAGUGUAUUCAUCAGGGUUGCCUCCAGAUGAUUCUCCACCUGAAAUGGGCACAAUAUCAUCUACCAGUAGCAAUGUGUUCAUUGAGAAUUUGGAGAGCACAAAAGUGGCUGUAGCUCAGUUCUCUCAGGAGAUCUAUUUUAAUGCAGAUGUUAGCAGCAGUAGUCCUGCCAACUGCAACGUAGCCAUACCUGGUCUAAUUGAACAACUCAUGGCUCUGCAGCAACAGCAGGUAGAGCAGCUGAAGCUCAUCGAGCAAAUUCGACAUCAGAUAUUACUGUUAGCAGCUCAGAAUACAGAUACAUCCUUACCCCCCAGCAACUGUCAGGGUGCAUCAGGGAUUUCUCUGACCAACCCGCUAAUAACACUCAGCUCCCACCUCUCCCAGCAGAUAGCAGCAGCCACAGGGUUAGCACAAAGCCUUGCGAGUCAGUCUGCUAGCAUUAGCAAAGUUAAACAAAUUAAAAAUGCCGUUUUAUCGAACAGUCAUGACAGCAGUGCAGCAGUACUGAGUGGCAGAGAGAUUUCUCCAGUAACAGAUACAGAUAAAAGCAAACUUCCAAUACCAAGACUUGGAACACAUGUAUCUGGACGCCAGUCUAGUCGUGGUAGUAUCUUUUAUAGGCAGCAGAGUCAUUCAACUUCACCUGCUGUACCUACUGAUACUCCAUCAAAUCCCAAUCCAACAAAUAAGCUUAACCUACCUCAUACAUCUUCUAAGAAUCAUGUCUUUGCAAACACAUUGCCAAGCAUUGGGACAAUUGUAGAGGACUUGAAUGCCUUGACUGCUUUAGCUCAGCACAGGAAAGGCAAAUUGCCCAACAUGACGACUUUAUUUGAACAAAAAGCGCGUUUGGAUGAAGGUUUGUUUAAGCACAAAUGCAGAUUUUGUGCCAAAAUAUUUGGAAGUGACAGUGCUUUGCAGAUACACUUGCGAUCCCAUACAGGAGAAAGACCAUACAAAUGCAACAUAUGUGGGAAUCGCUUUUCGACACGUGGCAAUCUAAAAGUUCACUUCCAACGGCAUAAGGAGAAAUAUCCCAAUGUACAAAUGAAUCCUUUUCCAGUUCCAGAGCACUUAGAUAAUGUUCCAACGAGUACAGGCAUUCCAUAUGGUAUGUCUAUGCCGCCAGACAAACCUGCGUCCAACUGGUUGGACAGCAAACCAUCUGUGACCAACUUACCUGCAUUGUUGUUUCCCGCAUCUUUGCCAAGUCUUCCGAGCGUAAUUAAACGCGAAGAGCAAGUGGUUUCAAUUACCAGUGCUCCUAGUUCUAGUCCUGCCUUUAGUGAUUUAAAUGGAUUUAAGACUUUUGAAAAAAGAAAUAGCAAAGAGGAAUUCGGUAGUGACUCUUUUCGGACUUUAAAUGAAAAAUAUGAAGAGGUCAAAACAUCCCAGAGCUUUGCAACCUAUGCGAACUCCUCCUUAUGUGAUGAUUCAGAGGAACACCCUUUUAUUAAGAAUGCUUCUACUAUCAAAACAAAUUCAGUAACCUCACUACUGUGUGAGAAUCUCAAACCAAACUUUCCGUUUGGCAAUCUCCCAGACUCUAUGGAAGCCUCAGAAACCACCAAGCUGCAGCAACUGGUAGAGAAAAUCGACAAAAAGUGCAUGGAGCCCAACGAGUGCAUCAUUUGUCAUCGAGUACUCAGUUGCCAGAGUGCUCUUAAAAUGCACUAUCGCACACAUACAGGUGAGAGGCCAUUCAAGUGUAGAAUAUGUGGAAGAGCCUUUACAACCAAAGGAAACCUCAAAACGCACUACAGCAUCCAUCGUGCCAUGCCACCUCUGAGGAUACAGCAUUCGUGCCCCAUAUGCCAAGAGAAGUUCACUAAUGCCAUGGUUUUACAACAACACAUACGUAUGCACAUGGUUGGAGAAAUCCCCAAUAAUGUCUUCUCUUCAGAAAAUUACCCAGAGUCCAUGGAAGAUGAUGCCUGCUCCGCAGAAAUGAAGACCAUGGAUGAUCAAGAGAACCCCUCUGAUGAAAACAUGGAAAUAACUGAGAGUACUUCAGAUUCCAAAGACUCAUCUCCUCUAGACAGCCUAUGUUCUUCACCUUCUUCAUCCCAAGCCACAAAGACUCCUGUGUCAGAGAGUCAGAGAUUCCAGGUUUUACAAGAGAGGGAUGUAUUAAUUGAUAGAUUGGAGAAUAGGUCAGAGGAAAGAAACUAUUUGGCCCUCAGAUCAUCUCCUAAUGAUGACCACAUGAGCCAAAGGCCUACAAGCCCUGCCUUGUCUGAAACGACAUUUUCCUGGGACACUUUGUCUCCAAAUAGCUCUGCAUUGGAGACUUAUAGAUCUCUUACAUCUGAGAACAACCGAAAAACAUCUUCUCUAGACAUGACUAGCACAGGCCUCAUACAGUCAAACUGUACUGUACGUUCCAGCCCAUCUUCCAGCCCACCUGAUUCAGCAACUGCUGAUGAUAUCUUCAAUGACGGAACCACCCUGCUUUUCCGGGACCGUGAAACUUCUAGGAGCAAUGUUUGUGACAUCUGCAACAAGACGUUUGCCUGCCAGAGUGCCUUGGACAUUCAUUAUCGCAGCCACACCAAAGAGCGACCGUUCAUAUGCACUGCAUGCAACAGGGGAUUUUCCACCAAAGGCAACUUAAAGCAGCACAUGCUCACACACCAGAUGCGAGAACUGCCCUCACGCUUGUUUGAGCCAGCAAGCCAGAAUCCUGUAUCUUCCCCAAACCCACCUUACCCCCCUACUGGCCACUUCAUAUCCUCAAGGGUAAAGAUGGAAGUGAGCAACAUCUUGAAUAAAGACGGGAAAGAUUCUGUAUUAAGCAUGCGUACACCUCCGCCCACGCUGCCGGUACUGUCAGCACCACCAGCUCCAGCGCGGCGGACCCCCAAACAGCAUUUCUGCCACACCUGUGGGAAGACUUUCUCUUCAUCCAGUGCUCUACAGAUACAUGAGAGGACCCACACCGGAGAGAAGCCUUUUGCCUGCACCAUCUGUGGGCGUGCAUUCACCACCAAAGGAAAUUUAAAGGUUCAUAUGGGAACCCACAUGUGGAACAGUUCUCCAGCCCGGCGAGGUCGCAGGCUCUCUGUCGAUGGUCCUUUGACAUUCCUUAAAUCUAACUCUGUGAAAGUUCCAGAGACUCUCCCCAAAGAUACUGUAGGCAAUGCCAGUAACGGAGAGUCCAUCAGCCUCUGGAACCAGUAUGCCACAGCAGCUCUUACUAAUGGACUAGCAAUGAAAACCAAUGAGAUCUCAGUCAUUCAAAAUGGGGGCAUACCACACCUAUCAGUGUCUGUUGGCCAUGGAGGAAACUCACCCAUCAGCGGACUCACAGCAAGUCUGGAAAAACUGCACAAUGUAGAACUGAAAAGAGCUCUCCCCUGGCUCGAGCGACUGGGAGAGAACAGGAGGAGUUUUCACGUUACACAGUUGACUGAAGACAGUAAAACUGAAUAGUAUUUUGUGUUUUGUACCUGUUGUUAAUGAGGUGAAAAGCCCCCAUUCAAAAAUAGUUAUUCUGAUUAUUGUCAGAAAUCCUUUUCAUAAAUUUUAAGGUUUCCAAACAUUCACUUUUUAAAAAUAAUGAUUUUUUUUUUAUUUAUUUCUAAAACCUGGCCUGGAGACACAUUGCCCUGCAAAUUUCUAACUUUCACAAUUAUUAAUGUACUGUUAUGGGCAAAUUACAAACCAUACCUGAGUAACUAUUGCGAUGUGUUAGUGAUGUUGAUUAUAUUGUUAAAUCUUUUUGAAAAUGUAGAGAAUUCCUCUUUAAACUCAACUGCAAAGUGAGAAAUGAGAAAAAAAACAAAAAAUUCUUACUAUGACCACUGUUCCGCAAAGAGUUGAAGAAAGGAAAACACUAAAAUGUGCAGGGCAGGGGGCUCCAGGACCAGGAUGGAGAUACACUGGUCUUUACGUAUAGAUAGACAUACUAAUAUGUAAUUAUUUUUUAUAAAAAUAGACACUGUGUUAGACACCAUUGAGCUAUACGAUUUUUUAAACCAUGUUUCAAAUGUUACUUUUUUACAAGUGUGUGCUAAUAUUUAUUAUUAACACUUUUGAAUAUUUAUUGUUAUUAAUACUAUUUAUUAAUGCGGUUACCAACACGUAUACACUGAGAUUUGUUUUGCUGUUACUGGAACUUUCAACUAAGUAGGCCCAAUCAGUGUUACAUUCCACAGUUUACCCGAUUCAGUAAAGUAAUACGUACACUAAUUAAUAGUGCUAAUUGUGUUCAUUAUGUUUAUUUAUAUUUUACAGUACUAUAUUUUAAGUACUACAUGCAGUCACAGAACAAAAAGUUUACAUUUUUUAUGUUGUGACAGAAUCCAUGUGUAAAUCUGGUGCUAUAGUACAUUUUAUACAAUCACGUGUUUAUUUGUUUAUGUGUGUGUCUGCGUGUGUGUUGGACUUAUUGUUAGACAAAUUGUAUAAACUGAUUUUUUUACAGUCUGUAUUCAAGCCUCCAUUUCUCUAUUUAAAGUAUAGAGCUCAGAAUGGCUCUCUGUGUGUCAGAACCUGCUUUCUCUCUCUGUGUGUCUGUAUAAGUUUCCGGAGAGUAACCGUUAACUGCUUUUGUGUAUAACUUAACAUAAUGCUGCCUGUGUUUCCACCUGCACAACAAAAUUCAUGCCCUUUCACUUCUGAUAUAAAUCUGGGUCACUUUGUCCUCUGAAUUUACAUUUCAAUAAACCCACUAAUAAUAACA